AGAGUUUGUGAGUUUUGCUUCAGGAGACUGAGUGUGUUAACGGGGCGCCCCGGUGUUCAGUGAGUGUUUGCCGUUGUUUUCUGCUCACAGACACGCGUGAGAAUAUCUCACAGUGGACGGGGAAUUAUUUUAUUAUCUCUUUUUUUAUGUUGUUGUAAAUUGGAUCAUAUGAGUAAUGAUACGAAGUGAAACAUAUGCAUCACAACCGUGAGGAGACUGGACAGUGACUCUUCAUCUGUGGUUUACCUUUCGUCUGGAAACUGAAUUCUAAAACUUUAAUGGAACGUUCUUUGGUGACACCCAAGAACAGGAAGUGAACUUCAUGGCCACCAUCCCUCCUCCUCCUCCUCCUCCUCCUCCUCCUCCGCCGCCGGUCUCAGCCAGCGGUCUGACCCGUGCCGACUCUGGACACAAACACCGGCUUCGCAACCUCAACUGGGAGCGCAUCCCCAAAGAGCGUGUGGAGGGCCGUGAGAGCGUGUGGAGCGGCUCUCCGGAUGAGGACCGCGAGCUCUCCAUUGACCUGAGCUCUCUGGAUGAACUCUUUGGUCAAAAAGAGUCUGUCAAGCCCGACCGGGUCAGCAGCUUCAGGCGUAGUCUACGGCACUGCGGCUCUCCACAAGAGACGAGUGUGGACAGAGUUACGCUGCUCGACUCAAAACGAAGCAUGAAUGUUGGGAUAUUUCUGCGGCAGUUGAAAAUUGCUGCUAGGGAGAUUGUGGAGGAUGUGAGACGAGGGGCCGGAGAGCGUUACGGAGCCGAGAAACUGGCAGAACUCUGCAAGCUGCUGCCUGAUAAUGAAGAGGAGGCCAGAUUGAAAAAGUUCAGUGGUGACCGUAAUGUACUGCCAGAGCCGGAUCUCUUCAUUCUCUCACUGGUGGAGUUACCCAGUUUUCGCAUGCGUCUGGAAGUCAUGAUCCUCCAGCAGGAGUUUGACCCCGCGGUGACCUCUCUCUGUGUUGCAGCCAGAUGUCUGCGAGAGGCGUCUCGAGAGCUGCUGAGCUGCCCGGAGCUUCACUACAUCCUGCGACUGGUGCUCAAGGCGGGAAACUACAUGAACGCUGGUGGUUAUGCUGGGAAUGCUGCAGGAUUCAGGAUUUCCUCUUUACUCAAAUUGGCCGACACCAAAGCCAACAAACCAGGCAUGAACCUCCUCCAUUUUGUCGCCAUGGAGGCUGUGAAGAAGGAUAAAGAUUUGCUGAUGUUUCCCAGCCGCUUGAGUCACGUCGGUCCAGCUUCAAGGCUGUCAGAAGAGUCUGUGGUGGAGGAGCUUUCCCGACUACAAAGCAGAGUCGCUGAACUCCGAGUCAGAGCUCAGGCUGAUGCUGAAAUCGAGCAGCAGACAAGAACAUUUCUAGAGGUUGCGGGAGUGAAGCUGCAGGAAGCUCGGGAUGAGCUGGAAAACUUACAGAGGACCAGUAAGGCACUUGUGGAUUUCUUCUGUGAAGAUGACAAGUCCUUCAAACUGGAGGAGGCCUGUCAUAUCUUCCAUUGCUUCUGCCAACGCUUCCAAAGAGCCGUGCUGGAGAACACUGAGCGGGAAUCACAAGAGCAGCGGCGUUUGGCGCGUGAGCGUGAGAAUGUGGAAAAGCGUCGAUCUCUGGCUCUGUGCACCGGACUGGAAGCGGAGCAGGAGUCUUCUGAGCUGGAGCACGCGCUGCAGAGGAGCUUGAGUUACACGGGGAGCCGCCGCAGCCUGCGCAGACUCUCACAGUACUUCCUGCGCUCCGGAGAGAGAAAUAUGAAAUCUAAUAACCAACAGCACUGUGAAUCAGAGGGGGGAAACUUUCAUCUUCUAAAUCUCUGCAGAGACUCGGAGCUAAGAAAUUCACUCGAGAAGAAUGAUGCAGACACUGAGGCAACUAAACAAGGGAUAAAUAAGUUCAAACAAAUUCAGCGUUUAAGCACCGAUGCAACGGCUUCCUCAAAUGCUAUGAAAAGCCAUUCUAGCUUGAGUACAAGGACAGUCCCUGGCGAUAAUGCUUUUGUUGCUUUGGGAACAACAAGUAUCACGUCACAUCAGCAUGGGGCAGUGAAUGUCUCGCCGCUCACAGGACUAUCCCCUAACAAAGUUUUGAAAGUUGAGAAACUGGUUCAAGACACCUCUGAAAGGCUGACGCAGAUAGAGGCCGAUACCUCGGCGGAUACUAAGAAUAAAGAUUGUGUUAAUGGAAAACAGUCUUCACCUCGAAAGGGAGUAACACCACAGUCAGAAGUCAAAACGGCCGCUAGUCUGUCAAGAGAGACGUGGCCAAGUGCAUCUUCUCCUUCUGGAGAUAGUCCUCCUCUAUCCCAGGAGCCCUGUAGCCCAGAAAGACAACACGUUCACACUGGGAUUGGAGAGAGGCUGGAGUGCCACACACUAGUGAGGGGUCUACGCUCCUACGAGAGCCUUUCUCCAACCGUUACACGGCCAGCCACCAAUCACUGCUCCAAAUGGAAGAAAGAGCGGGAAGCUGAGGAGCGAGAUGGUGCAAACUCACUGCAUGAUUCCCGUCUGGUAAAGACACCUACUCGAGGACCAACCAAAAGACUGCUGGUACAACGAGGAGGGCCCUCCAAUAGCAGCGGGGUCCCAAGAGUGCGCACUAAGGCAGAACCCACUCCUGCCGAUGGCUUAUCAGCUAGUCAUGUGUCCCGUCCUUCCCCUACACACCCCAAGUCCAUUCGCACAUCGCUAACGACUCGCUUCGCUGCCGUUCAGAAUGAACUCAAACGCAGUGGUACUGUGCCCCAGAAGGUAAACACCUCGUGUGAUACAGAGAAACACAAAGAUAAUGCUACUGAGAAGUUAAACCAGGAUAAGGGGCAGUUUGUAAGGGGCUCGCCACUUCGUGUGCCUAAACGGCUUGCGCCCAACUCUGAAUUUCAGACUCUCCACACCAUUCACUCGCCCACCGCUGCUACGACUGCGAAAACAAUCCGCACGGCCAUCAUAAGUGCAGCCAAAGCAAAGACAACCAAGACCCCGGGUACCAGAAUCCCCGGGCAGAAAAUUCCCAAACCUGCUGCCCAACCCACGUGGAGAUAAUAUCUGAUACUAUCUAUUUAUGACAUGCCAAAAACUAAUUUAAUACAUGACUUGAGUUGGCAGAUGUCAAGGUUUUUUGUGUGAACGGUCAACUUGCCAGUAAAUAAAGGAGCCAUUCACUGGGAUCUGCCCAGAAUUGACAGUCUGCAGGGCACUGUAAUGGAUCCUGACUGCUACUUUCAGAGCUCUUCGCCGAUUCAGGUCACCGAGAGUUUCGCCUCCCAUUUCAAGACUUUGAUGGAAACGGUCUCAUCCAGCACUGUCUUUAGCUCUACCUCUGAACACUCGAGUGCUCUGUGCAGGUAACGGCGCACAUCAGAAGGGUUCCUGCCAGAACUUUCUUUCAAUAUGUGUUGUGUUUGCGAAUGUCGAAAAUUAAUAGAGCAGCCACAGUCAAACAGACCCCAGUAAGAGACAACACUCAUGUCACGUGGGAUAUUGAUUUUAACUUGCCCUCAGGUCAAAUUGACUGUUUACUUGAGUUACAGGUACAAAAUAAUGAUUCAGAACUUAAGUUAAAAUCAUGCAUGUAAUAAUUCAAAUAAAUCCCAAAGCAAAUAUUUUGAAGUAAAUCGUGUGCGAGGUGUUGUACGUUGUGUUCCUUCAACUCUGAUGCACUUUACAGAUGAAAAAGAGAUUUAAUGCUGGCGGAAACUGUGUUUGUGGUAAUCUGCUGUAAUUGUGUGUUUUGUUUAUAUGAAAUGUUAAAUUAACAAAAACAAAAACAGCUGCCAUUUGUAAUGUUUGUAUUUGUAAAUAAUGAGAAUUUGAAAUAAAUGAUGAAUUCAC